GCGCAUGUAUGGGCGUCACAGGCGCUCCUGAUAGUAGGAGGAGAAGUUCAGUUAGAGAAGCCCGUCAGUAAUCGCACACACGGUUUAGUGUCAGGUAACCUGUUCGCCAUGGCAAACCGCUACCUCUCCGUCCUGCUUGUGCUGAUCCUGCUACUCCUGCCGCUGCCGCACGGUCCGGCGUGCGUGGCGGUUGCUGCGGAAUACUCCAAAACCGACUUGGACUACGAGUUCGGCGACUACAGGGGGAAGUGGUGCAUCGACGACCACGGCUUCGUGUACAGCAUCGGAGAGGUUUACUACCCGAGCCCUACGUCGUGUCCGUGCACAUGCACCAUCGACGGCCCAGUAUGCGUCCGACCCAAGUGUCCUCGCAUCCACCCCCGGUGCACGCGGAUCAGGUAUAAAGCGUGCUGCCCGGUGUGCGAGGCUAUGGCCAGAGUCUGUGUCUACGGGGGCAAAACAUACAGACUGCUGGAGGAGUUCAGGAUGAGGCCGCACCUGCAGAGCCGCUUUCAGACCCCCAGGUGGCUCCACCACCACCAUCUGAUACUUCAUCUUCUUCCUCUGAUAAAGCAACACCUCCCCCUGAGCUCCCCAGGGAGAGCAGUACUCCCAACAGCAGUGCCCCCAGUGAUGAUGGGGGCAGCAGCAACAGCAUGCCUCCUCCACCCUCAGACAUCCCACCUGCAGUAGCAGCAUCAUCAUCAGGAGCAUUCCCAGACCCACCUGUAGGCCAAGAAGCCAACCUCAGUACAGCUAAUCCUAAUGAGGCCGCAGCACCAGCUCCUCCCUCAGAAGAAGCAACCUCUCCACCACCACCACCACUACUACUGACCCCCAGUCAGAGCAGCCAGCAGUUCGAUAUGUAGUAGUGCUGGGUGUAGAUGUCCUCCUGGUGCUGCAGCUCUCCCUCUCUGGAUGGAGCAGCAGUGUUGUAGUGAUGCAGAAGAAGUGGCUCUGUAACAGCUGACAAAUACUGAUUGGUUGAGAGGUGUAAAAGUAAAGUCAAUACAAAAAAAUAGUGCGAGAGUGACGUAGGUUUUCAUCAUCCAGCUUCAUGUAGCUGCACCAAACGCAGGGAAAGUAGGAUUUCCUUUAAAGCUCUGUAUGCUUCCUGUAACUUUCCUCAGCAUGCCUGGUCUGAUAAUCUGACUUAAAUGAAAUGUCACCAAAGAGUACAACACCUGGCCCUCUUUGAGUUUGUGCUCCAGGCACUGUGAGAGCAUUUCCUCUUUUCUAAUCAUGUCACUUGAUGUUAUUUUUUUAAACUUUAAAGUAAGCAGAUACACACAUAGAAUAGGAUAACACAGGGCUGUGAAACAACUGCUCAGCACAAACCGCACCACUGACUCUGAAAGUCCAUUUACUUUUAUCAUCAGGGUUUGUAUCCACAGCACUGAGGUCAGAAGUGAAUCCAUAUAUUAGUGAGACUGUUUUCUUUUUUUAGACUAGAAAAAGGUUUCCAAAAAAAAAAAACCUGAAUCAUGACUGACUUCAGAGUGAAACAGCUUUAGAUGAACGAGAAAAAGCAGCCACGUGUCCCUUAUCCUCAUAGUUCAAAUAAGCACGUCAGAUAAGGCUUACUGUAUAGACAGGAUGUGGUUGAAACGCACACAUCUACAUGCAUUAAGCACAUUAACAACCAGUCACAACAUUGAAACCACCUCCCUGCUGUUGUCCACCUCAUUACUGCAGUGUGAGUGCAGCUAUGAUGUUGUGCUGCUGCAGCGAUUAGGUGAAUUGCAACAACCAUGUGAAGGCUAGUAGCCAAGUUUUCUCAGCACAACUGUGAUGAUCAUGAGAGGUUUCAGUGUUGUGGCUGUUAGGCUCCAUGUUUGUGUGUUUAUUCUUUGGACCACUGCUAACAAAUUCAGAGUUUUAUUCUGUAAUUCAUUUUGAGAAACCUGACAUAUGUUAAAGGGCCAGCUCUGACAAAAGGACCUCAAUAUUUUCAGCUCUCACUUAUGGAAAAACCUCAAUUUUCUAGUUUGAUACAUUUCAUUUGCAGAACUACUACUGUUACUUUUUCUUCUUUUGAGAUUUAGUGAACCUUAUUAAAUGAGUGUAAUCCAGGUCAACCUUGGUAAUUUGUACUCUUGAAUCAGAUGCCAUUUUAACACACACUCUUGUAAAGUCAGCAUCAACUGAUUUUUCCAUAUUCUGCAUGUUUGGCUAUGUACUAACCUUACCCAUGUAUGAAUCUGAGUGCAGGUCUUGUAUAGCUGGAGAUGAGGAAAAUUAAAGUUCAAUACAAAACGCAUGAAGAUCCCAGCAAAUAAAUAAUGAUGGGAUCAUCUCCAGGGUAUUUUUAAAAAAAUCUGAAUAACAUGUCUUGCUUUGAGUGUAAAACAUUAACAUGGAUGUUUGUUCCCCUGUAUUGAUGAAGUCUAAGUAGAAAGAAUUGACACUUGUACUCAGUUAAUGUCAUUUUUGCUCAUUUAACCUGUAAAAGCUUCUCUGUGAGGCGAGGCUUUUGUUGUUUAGACCACAGAUUCCUGCUGGCACUACAUGCAUCUAACUUCACCAGAGAAAUGCACAGGUAACCUCACUUAUGCAUUCAAAGGACUGUUUUCUUACUUGGACUGUUUUUGGUAGUAUGCCUCUGUCUUUAUUCCUUUUUUUUUUUUUUUUCUACUGUCUGAACUUGUCGACCCAAAUAAAGAUGAUUUGUCUUUCUGCUA